CCCGUUGCGGUUUGCUCGUGAUAAGUUUACCUAGCAGUCCAACGAAAUAUCGAUCUAACGUAACAAAGAUGACCGGCAGCAGCACAAUACCAUUUCUAGUCAUAGUUUUCAGUUUUGUAAGCCCCAUAGACGUAACGCUCGCGGCCCGCAACAGCCGACAUGUAACCUGCGGCACGGUACUAAAGUUGCAAAAUGUUGACUACAAUGUGAGGUUACAUUCUCAUGACGUAAAAUAUGGCACCGGUUCGGGGCAGCAAUCCGUCACGGCCACGGAACUGCAAGAGGACGUAAACAGCCACUGGGCCGUGAAGGCUGCCACCGGGAAGCACUGUGAGCGAGGGGAGCCGGUCAAAUGCGGUGACACGAUCCGGCUGCACCAUUCGGUGACGAACAAAAAUCUUCACUCGCACCACUUCCAGAGCCCGUUGUCGGGAAAUCAAGAAAUCUCUGCCUAUGGUGACGACCACGGGCAAGGCGAUAGCGGCGAUCACUGGGUAUUGAUCUGCUCCGGUGACAGCUGGCUGCGCUCGAAUCCGGUCCGGUUCCAGCACAAGGACACGAAUAUGUAUCUGGGUGUGUCAGGUCGUACAUUCGGUCGGCCAAUCAACGGACAAAUGGAGGUGGUCGGUGUUCCGAAUCCGUACUCGGGCACGGAAUGGGUGGCCGCCGAGGGACUGUUUAUACAUCCCACGGAGAAGGACAGUGGGCCGCGAGUUCACACGGAGCUAUAGGAGCGCCGGCUGUUAUUUAUUUCGGAAAGGCACACAAACACACCCCAGGAAUAGCUCAAUCGAAGGCGGUUUAUUGUAUGACGAAACCAACUGACUUUAGUGUCCAAAGCACUGCUCGGAUUCCUUCGGAAGAAUCCUGCGAAAAAUAAACCAACGCGGACACCUAAGCAGUUUUCUUUCUUUUGUUUUUGGUUUAUUCAAAUUUAUUGGUGCCAUUUGGUUGGAAAAUGGUU